AUGUCGCUGGCAGAUGCGUUGCUCUCACGAGCUCAAGCUUCGAACUCGGCGCUCUUCGAUGGUGGCUCAGCGCUUCAAGGCGCCUCCGAUGGCGGACUGACUGCCUUCCUAGCCAAGUCGACCCGAACAGCCAGCAACGCUACCACCGACAAGUCAACCCGUGUCAAUAUCUCAUCGAUUGAUCCACAGAAGACGCUUCCACCUCCCGACUAUGCUUCUCAGGCUACUACUCAGCUUGUGCGUUCGGUGCGCAUGCUCUUGUCCUCCAACUCGUCCGGCUCCUCGAGCGCACCAUCCUCUUUGCCCCCUCUGCAAUCUCUCUACGCCAUCACGCACAACCUUGUCGCCUACUCUUCUGAAGAUGCUCUCGACGAUCUCUACGACUCUCUCAAGAUCGAAAUCGAGCGAGCUGCUGGUAGCUAUACCACCUCUCUCAAUGGCUCAUCAUCCGAUGAAGGAUCCGCUGCGAGCAAGAUCAGCUGGUUGACCCAGCUUCAGUCCAUCUGGUCCAACUGGUGUGAGAGCCUGGCCUUGGUGCGAGAUGUGCUCCUUCCACUCGAUCGUCACCUCCUUCAAGCUGGCACCACCACGAGCGUUCCUACAUCUGCGGCCAACGGACAAAGCACUGACUCCGACCAUUCUCGCUUGUCCAUCUGGGAUCUCGGUCUCGACAUCUUCGGUCACCGCAUCCUGAAGGACGAAACCCUUGCUCAAAUGACUCUCAGCCGCAUCGCCGCAGCCAUCGACCUGGUGCGCAAAGAGGAGAUCUCCUACCGGGAAUUACACAAAUCUAUCGCCGACAUGUUCCGUCAGCUCAAGUUCGAGACAGUGCUCGACAGUGCCAUUGUAGCUGCGACCAAUGCUUUCUACAAAGCCGAGUCCAAGGCCUCGAUCGGAAAUCUAUCUCCCACGGACUAUGUCGAGUAUGCAGAUCGCCGCAUUCAGCAGGAAGAGCAGCGCAGCGAAUGGUGCCUGCUCACCGAACAAGGCCGUAUGGACAGCGUAGCAGCUGCACGCAGACGCCUGGUCACAAAGCACGCCGACAAGAUUUUGGCCGGCUUACCUGACCUCAUCACCGCCAAGAAGCUCGAUCGUCUAGCUAAGACCUAUCAGCUGAUCAAGAGCAUCGACCGCCUUCCUGACUUGCGCCAAGCCUUUGCCGAGUACAUCAAAACCCACGGUGCUUCCAUCGUCAACGACCGCGAGAAGGAUGAAGAGAUGAUCGAGCGUCUACUCGAGUUCAAGGCGUUCAUCGAUGCUGUCGUUUCGACCGGCUUCCAGCGUGAUGGUGAUUUUAUCAAUGCUCAGAAGGACAGCUUCGAAGUGUUUGUCAACAAGCGCGAGAACAAACCUGCCGAGCUCAUCGCCAAGUUCCUCGAUGCUAAGCUUCGCAGUGGAAACAAGACCAUGACGGAUCAGAAACUCGAGUUCACUCUGGAUGAAGCACUUAUCCUCUUCCGCUACACUCAUGCCAAGGACAUGUUCGAGGAGUUCUACAAGCGACACUUUGCCAAGCGUUUGCUUCUCAAUCGCUCUGCUUCGUCGGAUGCUGAGCGCAGUAUGCUGCUCAAGCUCAAGGAAGAGUGUGGUCCUGAGUUCACUGCUAAGCUCGAGACUAUGAUCAAGGAUGUUGAAGUGUCUAAGGAUCUCAUGGACGAGUACGACCGCUUUGCAGCCAAGCAGCGGAGGGACGAAGAGUCGCCCAAGGAUGACUUUGACCUUAGUGUCAGCGUUCUCACUCAAGCUCACUGGCCUACGUAUCUGAACAUUGAGGUGGCUUUGCCUGCUGAGCUCUCUGCCGCUGCUGAACGCUUUGAAGGGUUCUACAAGAAUCGCAACAGCGGUCGUAGGCUGCACUGGCAGCAUUCGCUCGGCACCCUCUCGAUCACCACCCAAUUCGAGAAGGCUGGCACCAAGGAGCUUCACGUCAGUACUUUCCAAGGUGUAGUCUUGAUCUUGUUCAACACGCUCGCACCUGGUCAGAAGCUUAGCUAUGUCGACAUCCGCACGCAAACCGGUCUCAACGAGCAAGAGCUCAAGCGGACGCUGCAGAGCUUGGCUUGUGGUCAGAUCCCGACUCGUGUGCUGCGCAAGCUACCGCAAGGCAAAGACAUUAACGACGAAGACGAGUUCAUGUUCAACGAUAACUUCAAGAACGAACGUCUCAGGAUCCGCAUCAACCAGAUUCAGCUCAAGGAGACGUCUGAAGAGCAGAAGUCGACCGAGCAACGUGUGUUCUUGGACCGAGAGCUGAUCCUGCAGGCUGCGGCGGUGCGUGUUUUGAAGGCACGCAAGACGAUUAAGCAUUCUGAGCUGAUCACGGAGGUGGUAGAUCAGAUCAAGAGCAGGUUUACCGUUGAUGUGGCAGAGAUCAAGAAGGUGUUUGAGAUCUUGAUUGAGAAGGAGUACAUGGAGAGGGUGGAGGGUCAGCGUGGUGUGUAUCGCUACCUUGCUUGA